AUGUCAGCGCCAAUCGAUCGCCAAGAGAUCGACCGCGUUCUGCAGUUGAAACGCACUCAACGCGAGGCUCGAGCGUGUUAUCCGUGUCGUCAACGCAAGGUGAAGUGUGACAACUCUCAGCCAUGCCGGACGUGUCGAAGACGCGGCCAUCCCGAGAUCUGUGUCUAUGAUCCGAGCCCACCGAAGCAAGCCCGCGCUCGUAGGGCAAGCCGACAACCUCCUUCGUCUACAGCCUCUCGCCAGCCAACUCCUCUCCCCGCAAUACAGACAGCGCCGAAUUUGGGUUUCCCGAUACAACCGCCCGCCCAAAGCUACCCCGUUCUCCCCCCAUUCUCACAAUUACAGCAGAACGAACUGAGUCGGACUCUUCCAGCUUAUGGCCCUGAGGGGGAUUUUGUAUAUUCCGGUGACAAUUCAGUCGUUUCCAUCCUACGUCAUCGCACACAUGAUGCAAAUGGUUCAAUGGCCCGCGAGGUGGGCUCGGUCCUCGGAUUGCAAAAUACCUAUCAUAGUUAUCCGUUCAUGGAGUUCAGAACUCCUGGGGAUCGAUGGAGGGAACUUCUUCGCAUCCUUCCCCAGCGCGCAGAGGUCUUGAAGUUCUUUCACUUCUAUCGCCUCUCAGCUUAUCCAUUCAACCCUAUUCUUGUAGAUAUUGAACGUUUCGAGCUGGAUCUUUGUUCAUAUCUGAAUGCACUGGCUGGCGGAGAAUUACAAGACCCCUCUCGCAUUUCCGAUCGCUGGGCCAGUGAGAAAUCAGUCGCUCAUAUCAGCCUGCUACUUGCUACUCUGGCUGCUGGAGCACACUAUUCCGAUCUGGAACAUAUACAGCGCUCAGAACUCUGUCUGGACUUUGCCAGACGCUCCUUUCAAGCUUUACGGCUAGCAAACUUUCUGUUCCGACCUACGUUCGAUAUUAUUCAAUCUCUCCUCAUCCUCGGGAACACCCUGCAAAACACUGGACAAUCCGAUUCAGCCUGGGCAUUACUUGGCAGCACAGUCCGAUUAGCUCAGACAAUUGGGCUGCACACUGAGAAGAGCGUAGCAAACCUGCCCGAUCACGUGAAGUCCAAAGCAAGGAGAUUAUGGUUUACCGUUGUGUGGCAAGACAGCCUCUUAUGUCUCUGUUACGAUCGACCUCCUAUCGUCACGGUCAACGGCUGGUCGCUCGAUAACUCAGUUUUCACGGGCCAAGAAUUGAAUUAUAUGGACAUGAUGCACUUUCUUUGUCGGAUUGCACUGGAUAUACUGACAGCUAACGAGGCAGAGAUGCAACAAGCUUCUCGCUUGCUUGACAUAUUGGCUACUGUGGACAGAGUCUACCAACGGGCGCAACCUCACCUACGUUCUCUGCAGGAAUGCAAAACUCUGCAUCACAACCUGGAGCAUCUUGCACUGAAGAUGCACCUUGCUUUUGCUGUCUCCGUUGUCACUCGGCCUGCACUCAAGCGAUCCGAGAUUCGCGAUUCAGCCCAAGACAUGUUGCGGAUGCGCGCCAAGUGCAGUCUAAUUGACGCAUCCAACACUUUCCUUGAGUUUCAGGCGCUCAGUGUGGUACCCUUACGAACCUGGUCUAUGGUACACACAGUGAUCAGCUCGACGCUGCUGCUUUGUAUAUGGGAGGAGACGCGUAACGAUGCCGAAUGUCGUGAUUUGCAGCAGAAGGUGAUUGAGGUGUUUUCUGCAGCCGGCUCGGUAGGCUCAGUGGAGAGGUCAGGCUCGGAGAACGGGCAAUGGUUGUCGGAGAGACAUAUUCGGGCGUUGAUUACAUUGCGAAACGCAGUGCGGACAGCCUUGGAGCGAGAGAAGGAAGAGGGCGACGUCGGGCCACAGAAUCCGGAGCAGGCCGAGACCUUCAUGCCUGCAUUUGGAAUUCCCAACGGCUUUCCUGAUGUAUUGGGCCAGGACUUUUCGCCCAUGUCCUAUCUGGAUUCAAUUAUGAACGUACCCAUGUUUGACCUAUCCCAAGAGAACGAUUUCUCGUGA